AUGGAUGCGAUUAUGAAAGGGUUAGGAUACUCAGUUCCUCCAAUUAUCUGCUAUCAUGUUAGAGUGCCAAAGGGAGACAUGCAUUUUGGGUUACGGCCCCUAGGAAAUGAUGAUGAUGUCCUCAGUCUUGCCCAGAUUGUUGGGAAUACGGAUGAUGUAGCUAAUGAUAUUGACCAGAGAUUUAAUGAAUUUGAUGAGGAAACUAAUGACUUUGUUCUUGGGUUGUACCAAAAAUUUUUACAGUCUAAUGAACAAAAUGUAGAUGAUGAGGUUCAUAAAGGUGAGGACAAUGCAGUUAAUAAAGAAGUCAAUGAAUAA